UGAUGUGAUCUACAGGCACUUGCAGCACAUAUACCUAACACAUACAUAUUUUAUAAAUAUCUAUUUAUAUCUGUGUAAAGUAUCGUAAAAUGUUUACGUUUCAUAUAUUUUUGGUAUACGUUUUUAAAGGGAGUAUACUGCAAUACUGCAGAAUACACAUUGCGCUUAUGAGAAGUAUCAGAUCAGAUCAGAUCGAUUAAACGAGGCGAUAGAACUGCUCUUAUCCGUUAAUAAUAAUAAUAAUGAUAAUCAUAUGUAAAUAACAAUCGAUGAGUUUUCACGGUAUUCGGUCAUAAUUACACGUUAGCCUAUCUCCAAAAUGGGCAUGUGUGUUGAGUAAAGCUGUAAUAAUAAUGGGCUCGCCAAAACCGGCUGGUAUAAAUUAGCAAUAAUAACAAUAAUAAUAACAGUGCGUAAAGGGAAACCAGAACACUCCGUAUACGUACACGUUUCCAUUGGGUGUAGUGAAAAGAAGGGGUUCGGUUUUCAUUUAAACGAGUAGAUCAAAAAAGAUUCGUCCCAAUCUAUUCGCCGAGUUGGUUGACGGGACAAGCAUGUUUAAAUUAAUCCGUCUUUGUUGGUUCAUAUUAUUAUUAUUUGCACAAUUCAGGGAUAUGCGACUGUUCAAAGACUUAAACGAUUAUUCUCGCGUCGCUGCUCAUCCAACGCAGUAUUUGGCCGACGGCUCUCAAAUACCAUUAUUGUCUCUUCUGCAAGACAGAACGUCGAAUACGGUCAACAAUCUGGGACGACACCACAGGAAAAGCGUUUACUCGGAUUGGUCGGAUUGGAGUUCGUGUUCGAAUAGAUGUACCACGGUCAGACGAAGGUUAGUACGGUAUAAGCGUUCACGGUUAGGUUAUAGGUAUAUGCCUACUAUUAUAUGCCAUUCUUAUUUCUCAAUUUCACAUACUCGCGUAGCAUAUUGUGCACCGUAAAUACAAAUACUACCCAAUUUCAUAAAACUACUUUUAAAUAAAAAUCUAUUGUGUAAAAUAUUGUGAAUGCCGAGAAAAUAUAAUAAUAAUAAAAUUCAAAAGCCUGGUGGGAGGAGGGUGAUAACGCCACUAGUGCCUAGUGGUACCCCUUCCCUGGAACCGUACCUGUAACAAGCUGUAUUUAAAUAUUAUAUGAAUACGACGCGUGUUCAGACAUUGUUUACGAUCAAAAAUUUGUGGAUCGAACGUCGUUACCGAAACAUCGUAUUGUUUUGUGACCGGUUCAAGAUGCCCGGGGCUCGUGACGAAUUACUACAAACGGCUCAACUUGAGUUUCUCGAACAAAGGUAACGCGCAUGAUGUGUCCGUGAAUUCCACAUGUGGUGUUACUGUUGCUUCUGCUACCAUUCCCGGUUACAAGACUCCUAGGUUUUUAAUUAAAAUAAUGGGAGGUCAAGAAUCUGAGAAAUUUCAUUGGCCUUGGCAAGUCGCGGUGUUAAAUGGAUUUCAGGAGGUAAUUUGCGGUGGUACACUCGUGGCUCCUGGUUGGGUGCUCACAGCUGCACAUUGUUCUAGACAAAAACUAUUCGUUAUAUUAAAGGAAUACGAUUUAUCUGUUUAUGAAGGCGAUGAGAUCAGAGUGAGGGUUGAACGUAUUAUAAUACACCCCAGAUACAAUCCAAAUACAAUUGAUAAUGAUAUGGCUCUGUUAAAAUUACGUGCCUUGGAUUUAGAAUUAGAUGGUGGAUUAAACUUGCAACCAGCUUGUCUUCCGCCCUCCGAUUUUCAACGGCGGAAACGGAAGCCUAAAAUGUGCGUAGUUAUUGGAUGGGGAAAAGUGCAAUCUCAAGAUUCUUAUGGAUCCCAAAUACUUCGAGAAGCUAGGGUACCGAUCGUUGGUCAGCGGACGUGCCGAUCUGCGUACUGGCGUUAUCAGAUCACUAACAAUAUGUUCUGCGCGGGGUACAGAGACGGUCGGUCGGACACUUGUUCGGGUGACUCGGGCGGGCCUUUACUAUGCAAAAUGCGUGGCCGGUGGACGGUGGUGGGUGUUACAAGUUUUGGCUAUGGCUGUGGCCGGCGCGGCAAGUACGGGAUCUACGCCAAUGUGGCCAACCACGUGCGGUGGAUCAAGUCCGUGAUAAAGACGUCUGGCUAUCAGUGAACCGACGUUGACUUCCAAAGGGAGUGCUUGAAUGCACUCAUUUAUAAUAGUUACCUGAUUUUGUUCGUUUAUAUAUUUUCUUGUCUGUAAUAUUAUAUAAUAUAUAGAUAAUAUUUUUGCUCAAAAAAUAAUAUUUAUAUAAUGUAUUUCUGAAAUUAUAUAAUAAACAAUAUUUAAAUAUUAUUUCAUUUAUAUAUAUACAUUCAACAUUGUACGAGAUGUAGUUAAAAUUACUACUACGUUUACCACUAAAAUAUAAUUUUGAUUAUAAAACAAUCGUUAUCAUUUUUAUGACUAGGUACCAAUUUUAAAUUUGUUUCAUACUACAAUAAAUUAUUUUGAUCAAUUUUUGUAAUUUAAUUUAAUACCGUUCUUUAACCAUUUGUGAAUUGUAAAGACAUGGAAAUAUCAUGCGGUGUGUACCUAUGCAAUAUACAUGGUUUUGAGACAGUUUAUAUUUACAAUUUAUUUUACACUUCUGUUUUAGUUUUUGGAAGGAUUAGAGUAUAGGCAAAUACACUUACACUAAUACUACAGUAAUACGGGGUGAUCCAUUUAUCAUAAGACAUUCAUUAUUUCAGAAAACCUAUUUUUGAAAAUAAUUCUUUUACAUAAUUUUAAGUUGUUACAAUAAUUAAAAAAAAAAUUAUUUAAAAAAGUUUAUUGUUAUAUUUUUUUAGGUUAAUUACUCUUUUGAAUCACAACAAAUAUACAAUUUUAAUUGUAUAUUCCAAAGCAGAAUAUUAUUUGGAGGAUUUUGAUCUAUACAAAUACAAUUUCGGACAAGUAGUUUAUCAGUCACAAUGUAUAAGUAUUUUAAGUAUAGAUGCACGGAGUAGUAGACCAAAAUAUUGCAGGGUACCAGGGGUACUACUGUACUCAGCUCAUAUAAACUUUAGAUAUCUAUAAGUCAUAAGGUAUUCAUUCAAAUUUCGUUUAUACACAUCGAAGUACCUACUCCAAAAAAUAUUUUGCUUUAGAAUAGGGAUUUAAAAAUGCACGGUAACAUAAAAAAAUACCUAGUAUUAAUAUAUAUUUUCU